GUCAGUGCGUGCAGCUGAGAUGCCGUUGAGCAUAUCUGGUGUCCUGAGCUCCGAAUCUACCACUUCCAGCAGGUCAAGAAAUAAAACUCGUUAUCGAACCAAAGCUGUGAGCUCCGAGGUGGACGAGAGCCUCUUUGGAGGCAUCAAGCCCCUGCCAUCGGCCUCUAGUGACAGCCCCAUUGUGCUGCUGCGAGAUAAACAGGCCAUUCAGAGAGGUCUCACGGCACCUAGCAAGGAGCACAAGCCUCAGACCAUCCAGCUCAUCACGCGGGACAUGGUCCGGGAGCUCGUUGUUCCCACCGAGGACCCUUCCGGGGAGUCCCUUAUCAUCAGCCCUGAGGAGUUCCAGCGGAUCAAGUGGGCCUCCCACAUCCUGACCAGGGAAGAACUUGAGGCUAAGGAGCAGACCUUGAAGCUGGAGAAGGAAGCCACGCUGGAUGCAGUGACGUCACGUAAGAAGAUCAUGAAGCAGAAGGACCUGGUGUGCAAGAACAACAAGAAGCUCAGUGACCUGGAGGAGGUGGCCAAGGAGAGGGCCCAGAACCUCCUGCAGAGAGCGAACAAACUGAGGAUGGAGCAGGAGGAGGAGCUGAAGAGCAUGAACAAGGUCAUCCUCAACGCCAAGUGCCAUGCCAUCCGGGAUGCCCAAAUCCUGGAGAAGCAGCUGGUCCAAAAAGAACUGGAAACCGAGGAGAAGAGGCUGGAUCAGAUGAUGGAGGUGGAGCGGCAGAAAUCCCUGCAGAGGCAGGAGGCACUGGACCAGAAAAGGAGAGAGGAACGAAUCCGAGGAAGAAGGCAGAUAGUGGAACAGAUGGAAAAGAACCAGGAAGAGCGAUCGCUGCUCAGCGAGCAGCGGGAGCAGGAGAAGGAGCAGAUGCUGCAGUACAUGGAACAGCUCCAAGAGGAGGAUCUCAAGGACAUGGAACGCAGGCACCAAGAAAAACUGAAGAUGCAGGAGGAGAUUAAGCGGAUCAAUGAUGAAAACCAGAAACAGAAAGCCCAAGUGCUGGCGCAGGAGAAGCUGGCAGACCAGAUGGUGAUGGACUUCACCAAGAAGAAGAUGGCUCGAGAAGCAGAGUUUGAGGCUGAGCAGGAGCGGAUCCGGCGGGACAAAGAGAAGGAGAUCACCCGGCUGAGGGCCUUGCAGGAGAAGGCCCAGGAUUACCAGGCCGAACAGGAUGCUUUGCGGGCCAAGCGCAACCAGGAAGUUGCGGACCGGGAAUGGCGCAGAAAGGAAAAGGAAAACGCUCAGAAGAAGCUGGAGACGGAGGCCAUGCUGAAGCAGAGCCGGCUGGAGCAAGUGGCUUUCAAGGAGCACACUCUGGCUGUUCAGGUGCAGCGGGACCGGGAUGAGUUCGAGCAGAUUCUCCGGGCCCAGCGGAAGCAGAUCGAGAGGGAGAAGCUGGAGGAGGAGCGAAAGGCCACGGGGCGCCUGCAGCACGCCAACGAGCUCCGGCGCCAGGUGCGUGAGAACCAGCAGAAGCAGGUGCAGGAGCGGAUCGACACCUUCGAGGAGGGCCGGCGCCUCAAAGAGGAGGCCCAGAGGCGGCGUGAGCGCAUCGAGGACAUCAAGAAGAAAAAGCUGGAAGAGCUGAGAGCCACCGGCCUCCCGGAGAAGUACUGCGUCGAAGCAGAGCGAAAAUCGCACCUCCUGUCGGCCACCUCUGUGAACUGAGGGGCCUGCCUGAGGCCCGCCCCGGGGCACAGGUCCUGCCCCCACUUC